UACGAGUAACUGUCGUCACACGUCAAAAUUCGAUACAUUUUUCGAAUCAAGUAGGUAUCACUGUAACUUCUUAAACGAUUCAUUUCAGAUAUUUUCACGGUCGCCAUUCGAGUAAAUUUUCGUUCGCGAAUCAACGAUGGGUGCAAAUUUCAAAAUCAAUCCUCAAUUCAUCUCAAUCUUAGCCUUUAUCGGACUUUGCUUGACAACUCCAUUGGUUCAGGCAUCCCUACCCAACAAGGAUGUAAUGAAGGCUGUUGUCUGCAUGAGAAAUAUUUUAGGAGACAAAUUCGCAUGGGACAACUUUCGACCCGAUAAAGUUACUAGUUUAACAAAUGGAGAAUAUUUUGAAAUUAUGUGUCAAUAUAUAUUGGAGGAAGACCUACGUGAACGGAUCGAAAAUAAUGAUGACGAAGACUUCAACGGAUCAUCUAUAAAAGCAUGUCUGGAAAAGACAGGCGAUGGAGGCUUAUUUCAAAAAUACGUCAAAUUAGGACAAACACUUGCACUACCAUCUGCGGACGAAAUAUUAAAACAAGACGAUGUCCCACCACAAAAACCAGAAACUCAACAGAUAUCGCCAGCAUUAGAAAAUUUAAAAUUAAUUCCAGCGCCUACCGAUGGAAAAUCAGAAAUAAAUGACGACUUAAAAGAAUCUGAAGAUGAAAUUUCGGUAUCAGAUACUGCAAUUUGGCAUUUCAUACGGGGAACAUGCAAAACUGGAAGAGAUCUAGAACCCGUAGAGUUGACUGAAUUGAAAAAUGAAGAGGAAGAAAAAGGCGUGAUGCAAUGCUUGAGAGAAUGCACAAGUAACUUCUUAACCAGAAUAACCAUCUUGAUAGAUGAUGCGAAAAAAGAAGCCAUCAAUUCACCAGACAUUAAAUUAAGUGAAAAAGAAGAAGAAAUAUUGAAUAAUCUUCCAGAAUCAUCGAAGAAAUUCAAGAAGGAUAAAUUUGAUUCGGAACUUGACAAAGCUACAGAAGCAAAACUACUGAGCACCAAUUUGAUCUCCGAAAUGGGAAAAAAAUACCUGAUUAAUUACGAUGAACUAUACAACAACGUAAUAACUAAGUAUGCAACAGUGGAACCAAAUACAAAAGAAUACCCACACCUGGGAUACCUCGAUGUCAAUUUAUAUGGUAUGACCAAGAUGUAUCAAACCUGCGCUCUAAUAGGAUGUUCCAUGACUACUAACAACAUUCCAUUAUACAAUUUAAUUGAUGCUGGAGCCGAUGAUGAUGAUUCGAAAGUUUUGAUACCAUUUGAAAAUGACCAAGAAGACGUUAAGAAGUGGAUGAGCGAACAUAAGAGCGAAUGGCAAAGAUUUUGCAGAGCGCUCAUGAUAGAGCCUGACACUAGUUCAGAAGAAAACUCGCAGCAGGAGGAAAAUGUGGAUUAAAAUUUUGUAGCUGUUUUACCACUAGUUUUUAAUAAAUAGUUUUUAGAAUCUAUCUUCAAUAGUAGUCUUUAUAGGUUUCAAUUAUAAGCUUCUAGAAUUAAGAUAAUUAAUUUAUAAGAGUAAUAUUUAAUUAAUAUAAUAUAUUUGCAUUGUU